UGCUUGUUAUUUUGCAAAAUAAGUAACAUUUUGAUUCUACAAUGUCAAUGCCAAUGUUAUGAUUUUUGUGAACAUAUUCACUACGAUACUGCUAUUUACAGAGUGUCAGCUUUUAAGGAAUUGAUUCAGGUGCAUACGUUUGAUAAAUAUUUCUCUUUUCAACAUAUUAAUUGUUGUGCUUUUUAAUUUGCUGGCUACUCAAACUAUAUCAUGGAACGGACGUAUGCUAGUUGUGUGCCAGAAUCGCAUCAGGGCGGAUAAUGGCGAAAUCCUUUGGUAUUUCACUGAAAUACAAACAUACAAAGUUUGAUGCGAAAUUACCGGUUGUACUGUUCCAGUGUAGUUUCCAGCCAAUGUAGAAAAAAAUUACGUUUUCAAUAAAGUAAGCCCGACAAAAUUUAAAAAGAACGAAUAGAGACAAAAACAAUUGAUAGAAGAGGAACAAAAAUGACUUACAUGAGUUUGAUACAUACUGCCUAAGGACUAUAUCGGAAAAUGAUUCACACGUUUCACAGUUAUAUAUAUCAGUCAUAAUUCUGUCAUCCAUCUUACCUUCGGCACAUAUGCAAGUAUCCGCAUGAUGAAAAUGCGCAAAUAUUGAAAUAUUUAAUGAUCAAAGAAAUUAUUAGAGGAAUGGAUGUAAUUAGAGCGCUGGCGCUUUUAAAAGUUAUAGUACUUUGUUUCAGUGUUUUGAGUGAAGCUUCAAGUCUGCAAUUCCCGGAACAAAUCCACAUUUCUUACGGUAGCAGCCAUGACAGUAUGGUGGUCAUGUGGUCGUCACGUGGCGAAGUUAAAUGGGAGGUGCAUUAUGGGACGUCUCGUACACUGAUACAAAUGAUGGCUGACAGUACAGUUGCUACGCUUCCUGAUACACAUUUUAAAGCAGCGAAAUAUAUAUACAGAUCUGAGCUUAAAAACCUCACUCCGGCUACAAUCUACUUCUACAAAAUUGUUUCCAGAAGUAACCGAAAUCCUGAAACAGAGAGUUCAGUUUUUAGUUUCAAAACGUUGCCAGAAGAUAAUGAGCACGAUGCAAUAUCAAGAUUUGUCGUAUACGGCGAUAUGGGCGCCAGAAUGUCGGAUCCGACACGGGCAGCUAUUGAGACAUUCAGAAAGAAUACGAAUGUUGAUGCAAUACUUCAUGUCGGCGACUUCGCCUACGAUCUUGAUAGUGACGGUGGUCAGAUUGGAGACAUUUUUAUGAACGAAAUACAGUCUUUUGCUGCCGAGAUUCCAUAUAUGACAGCUCCUGGUAACCAUGAAAUUCCACAAAACUUUGAGCCAUACAGAAUCCGUUUCUCAACGCCGAAUACCUCAUGGCCGAUACCACUUGAUAAGAUGUGGUACAGUUUUGAUGUUGGACUUGUCCAUUUUAUCAGUUAUUCAACUGAGGUCUAUUUUGCGAACAAUGAAGAACACGUCUGCGGACAGUUUCAGUGGUUGUUACAAGAUUUGAUCGCGGCAAACAAAAAUAGAGAUAAAAGACCCUGGAUCAUUGCGAUGGGCCAUCGACCAAUGUAUUGUUCAAAUAAUGAUGGUGAUGACUGUACGGAUGCGUUUAUGAGAAGAUGGGUAAAAACAGGACUUGAGCCUUUGUUUAAUGCCCAAGGUGUUGAUCUGGUGAUAGAGGCGCACGAACAUUCCUACGAACGAUUGUAUCCUAUGUACAACGGUGAGGUAGAGCGAUUUAAUUAUACUAAUCCUCGUGCACCUGUUCAUAUUAUUUCCGGUUCGGCUGGUUCUCUGGAAGGGAUAGACGGAUGGAGCGAAUCACCUAGGAAGUGGUCUGCGUUUAGGUCAAGCCGAAAGGAUUUCCAGUCUUUUGGAGUUCUAGAAAUUCACAACAGAACACAUUUGUACUUUUCGCAACAUGACGCUAAGGAUAACACGACGGUGGACCAAUUCUGGAUGAUUCAAGACACACACGAACCAUUCGUUAAAAACGUGAAAUGCUUUGGAUCAUUUAUUCACGAGUCUUGUUUCUGUCACCUACCUUUAGUGAUGCUUCGGACAGUUAUCAUAUUGUUUUCUCUCCUUUUUGUCCCUUUUAUAGUUGGGAUCGUCAUAUGUGUGAUCAGAAUAAUUAAGUGCAGAUCAAGAAGAAAGCAUCGGAGACAAAGCGUGUGUAGCUCCAAUUGUUCAAGACUAGAGUGCAGUAGCACGUCAUCCGGCUCGUCAGUGUCUGACUGUGAAUCUGAACUAUUGCUUGAGGAGGAUGAUACGUCAAGAUGAAAACAUGGCUUCUUUUACAAAAUAAUAUACUAGUACACACAUCCGUCCAGUUGAAAUCCAUAUAGUUGUGUAUGUUUUCAACUUGUAUAUUUUAUAAUAAAGCGUGUAAGGAUUUUGACAAUGUUGAGAAACAAUUAAAUUGAAAUUAAUAGACUUAGACAUUGUAGUUAUAAGUCUAGUGCUACUGCAAGUUUGACUGACUAUAAACUUUAGUCAAGCAGACUAUUUUAUUCAGAAGUACGCACUUUACGUAUUGUAACUAAAAUGUUUCCAAAUUUGUAUAUUAUUUACAAUCUUCAUGUGCUCAACUACAGAUGGAUUCGUGUUCAACCGUACCCGACCUCAGAAUCAGCUGUGAAUGGCAUAGCGAUCACCUGCCCCUGGUUAUAUAUACAACUACGCCUGAAUUUGUGUUCAGCUGCCUAUUGACUUCAUUAGCUGCUUCUGAAUUUGUGUUCAGUUGCCUAUUGAUUUCAUUAGCUGCGCCUGAAUUUGUGUUCAACUGCCUAUUGACUUCAUUAGCUGCGCCUGAAAUUGUGUUCAGCUGCCUACUGACUUCAUUAGCUGCGCCUGAGUUUGUGUUAAGUUGACUAUUGACUUUAUUAGCUGCGCCUGAAUUUGUGUUCAGUUGCAUAUUGACUUCAUUAGCUGCGCCUGGAAUCAUGUGCAGCUGCGCCUGGACUUCGGUAAUGCCUUGAUUUGCAAUCAGCAGUCAUGUUCAGCUGUAUCUGGAUGGUUCGUAUGCAGCUAAAACUUGGUUCAUCUGUUUACAUGUUGUUCGUUUUGAAAAUGGGCUCUCCAUGGCCGAGUUUGUAAGGCCACUUGCCCAUCAUCGCUUUGGGUUCGAAACCUCGCUUUGGAUGUAGAAUUAUUUCAUGUUGAUUUUACCCGCUCAUGCCUGAAAUAAUGCCAGGAGGAAUACCUAGAGCCUUCAUCCUCCAUCAAAAGCCAGAAAGUUGCCAUAUGAUAAAUUGUUACGGUGCGACGUUAAAUCAAACAAAACAUUAUUGUACGUGUGUUGUAAAAGGGAAAGGGUCACACAAUUUGACUGCCUGCCAUAAACAAGCGAUUUGA